AUGGAAGUUCUUGCGCCCGUUGCCUGUCAUGCCUGCGUGGACAAGCUCACCACUGCGGAAACCGCCCACCACAGUCUGCGCUGGGAAGAAGCGGUAGAAAAACUGGUCGACGAUGUCUGGGCGAUUCUCGUCCAGGGUCCUACGGGGAGUUCGCUACGAUGUCUGGAUGAUACGUGCAAGGAUAAGCGUGCCGACGAAUUGGGUUUACGGUCUCCCGCACUCCCGUGGUACACUCAACCUCCGCCCUCCUACGAUGAUGCCGUGAGCAAUCUUCCUCCGGAAUAUAGUGCGCUCCCUGCGCUUGCGGAGCGCAGGACGGCAGCGUCACCCGCUGCGCCUCCCGCGCCGACUACGAAAUCGCGCAACCAUUCCCGUUCGCUGUAUAAAGAUACGAUACUGGAUGUCUAUAUUGAUUUCGAGAAUCCAGUUGGUGUUCGAGAGCACAAGAAGAAAAAAGGUGCUACUGGUGGUGCGGCCAAGAAACCCGCUGCCCCGCCGCCUCCGCCUGAUAGCGGGGGUGGUUCGAACGAUGCUGGAGAUGACCAGACGAAUGGUGAUGGAGGUAGCGGUGGUGAUGCAGGCGGGGCAGGUGGAGGCGGGGAUGAUGGUAGCGGUGGUGGAGGAGGAGGAGGAGAUGAUGGCGGAGAUGACUGGAAUACCUGGGGGACUGUUCCUGGAAGCAAGAAAAAGAAACAGGAGGAGGCAGAGGAGGAAGAACGGAAAGCUGCCGAGGCGGCUGCUGCCAAGAACAAUCUCAGCUGGGCUGAUGAUGUUGAGGAUGGCGGCGGUGAUGACUGGGCUGGGUUUACCACGGCAGGAAAGAAGAAGAAAGGAAAGGAUGAGCCGCCCCCGGGGGCUUUCCAGGAUAUCAGCCUAGAUAGCGGGGCCCCCCAGCUGGACCUCGACUUCGACCCGGGUCCUAAAACCGGAGGGACUGGCUUCAGCUUUGGUGGAUGGGGCAAAGAUUGGAGUACUGGAGGUGCCGGUGCCCCUGCUGCGAGCAAAUGGGGUCUUGGGGCUAUUGGAGAGUCAGUCCCGAAAGAAGAACCCAAAGACACCAACCCCUGGGGAAGCACUUCUACUAAGAAGAAAUCGACCAAGGCGACCGCUGGCGGGUUCGACUUUGGCGAUUUGGGAUCCCCUCCAGCCGAGGAGCCCAAAGCAGAGGAAGACUGGGGUAGUUGGGGUGUCGCGACCAAGGAUAAGAAGAAAAAGAUAAGCUUGCUUGAUCCGGAGCCCGCCCCCGAGCCCAAGCCUGGAGCAACCGCUCAGGCCAAUCCCGAGCCUGUUGUCUUGGAGCCUUUACCUGAAUUGGAUCUCGAGCCCGAACCGGAAGUCCCUGGGUCCAUCCUUACAGAUCCCUGGUACAUUGGUCUUUCCAAGAAGGAACAGCGAAAAGCCAAGAAGGACUGGGAGAAAAAGGUAAAAGACGCAGAAGACGAGCUUGCCAAGGUUCGGGAAGCGAAUGCAGCCAAGCAGGCCGCCUACGACGAGGCUGUAAAAGCCAGACAAGAAGCAGAAGCCCAAGCUGCUCCGGCUGCCCCAGAUCCACCUGCUCCGGAACCGAACCAAGAAGCUGAUAAUGACUGGGGAUGGGCUGUUCCUUCGAAAAAGGACAAGAAGAAGAAAAAGAUCGAUCUACUAGCCGACUCCGAGCCUAUUCCUGCACCCGCUCCCGAUCCUCCAGCAGAGGAUGACUGGGGUGCUUGGGGCACUGGCGGUAAGAAAGACAAGAAAUCCAAGAAAGAACCAGAGCCCAUCAUCGAGGAACCGGCCCCGGAACCUCCCAAGGCCAAGGAGCCCCAAGAUGCCUGGAGUGCCUGGGGUAUAACCCCCAAAGACAAGAAGAAGAAAAAGGACAAACUCGAACCCGAGCCUCAGCCCGAACCCGAGCCCGAACCCGAGCCGGAGCCUGAGCAACCUGAACCAGAGCCCGAACCCGAACCUGCUCCCGUGCAUGAUGAUCCUCUAUAUGAAGGUUGGCAUACCCUUUCUUCUAAAGACCGGAAAAAGCGCGAGAAGAAACUGGUCCAGAAGGGACUUCCUAUCCCUGGAAAGGACUUUGAGCUUCCUUCCGAUAAGCCACCGGAGCCCGAACCCGAACCGGAGCCUCCUGUUGUCGAGCCAGAACCCCAGCCUGAGCCCGAGCCCGAGCCCGAGCCUCCGAAACUAGCAGAGGAUGACGCCUGGGGUGUCUGGGGUCCGACUAAGGACAAGAAGAAAAAGAAGAAGGGUAUUGAAGAACCGCCUCCGCCAGCACCGACUCCUCCAGCCCAAGGCCUUACUCCCGAGCCCGAAGCCCUCGACAAUGAUGAUGACAUCUGGGCUGAAGCUGGUUCAAAGUCCAAGACCAUCAAGAAGACCAAGGCCAUCGAACCAGUCAAGGAAGAGAAGCCUGCUGCUAAGGGGUUCUGGGCAUCGUUGACUGGAGCCUCUGCCACGAAGACCAAGUCAACAAAGGAGAAGUCCAAGCCAAAGGAGGAACCCGUUGAGCAAGAAGAUCUUCUUAUCGACGUUGGCGACGACCCUCCCAAGGAACCCGAGCCCGAACCCUCACCCGAACCUGAAAUCGUGCCAGAACCCGUUAAAGAGGAGCCUCCUCCCGAAAAGUCAUCGAAACUCAAGUCCACGGCCAAGCUGUCUGUUGCAGAGCGUAUCAAGGCACUCGAGCAGAACAAGAAGGACAAACUCAAAGAGGCAAAGUCGAGCUCCAAGACAAAGACCAAGGAACCCGAGCCCGAGCCUGAGCCCGAGCCUGUCAUUGAACCUCAGCCCGAACCUGAAGUGGAAAUCGUACCCCAGCCAGAACCCGCUCCAGUUCACGAUGAUCCUCUAUACGAGGGAUGGAAUGAUCUGUCAUCCAAAGAGAGGAAGAAAAGGGAGAAGAAGUUGGUCCAGAAGGGACUUCCCAUUCCCGGAAAGGACUUUGAGCUUCCAUCUGAAAAAUCACCCGAACCUGCGGAGGAACCCCAACCUGAGCCUGAGGUGGACAAACAAGUCUCCAGAGACUCCGUACCCGGAAGUUUCCCUGACGAACCUGAAAUUGGGAUUCCCGCCGAGCCCGAGCCUGCUCCCAAACCCGAACCCGAACCGCCAGCUCCCGACCUCUCGAAGAUGUCAAAGAAGGAACUGAAAAAGUACAAGAAAUCUGCUGCUGCCGUGGCCAUCGCCAAGGAACCUACGCCUCCCCCGGCAGAGGAGCCCCCUGCGCCCGAGCCUAAGCAUGCUGAACGUACAGCCGAGCCAGAAGAUGAUGGCGCGCCCCUAACACCACCCCCAGAUGUAGAUGAACCUCCUAAGUCAUCUAAGAAGGAACGCGCUCGUGUGGAUCGUACCACUAGCAGUGGUGGUUGGGGUUUCUGGGGCUCAGCACCGCCACCCAAAAAGUCCAGCAAGAAGGAGCCCAAGGAGAGCAGCAAGGAGAGCAAAGAAAUUGAGGAAAGUAAGGAAAUCAAGCCCGCUGAAGAAGCCGAGUCUCUUAAGAAACGGGAAAAAGAGGAGCGAAAGGAAUCAACUCGCGAUCGUGAACGUGAACGUGAACGUGAACGUGAACGUGAACGCGACCGCGACCGCUCCCCUGUAGCAGCAAUCCGUUCCAAAUCCACAAAAUCCCGUCCAAAGGAAUCAGACGCUGAGGUUGAAAAAUCCUCGUCUGAUCGGGAAAGGCGCCGGGAGCGCGAGCGGGAGCGCGAGCGUGAAGCUCGGUCCUCAAAACAGCAGCGCGCAACAACCCUGUCCAACUUCGUAUUUGGUCAGCCCCCGCCACGAAGCAAGUCAUCCCGGAAACCAGAAACAUCAUCCAAACGACCUUCUUCCAAGCCGGUAUCCAGACGUCCUUCCAUUGACCAAGAAGAUGAAGCGGCCAUGCCGUCGCCGCCUCCAGAUGACAAGCCGGAGGUAAACGAUAAGGCAGCCAAGCUGAUGGGCAUCAACGCGUCCAAAUCCAAACGCGACCGUCCACGUGCUGAGCGCCGCAAGUCGGUUCCCCGCGACCCUUACGCUAUUGAGGAUGAUGAUAUGGUCCUGGUCGAUAUGGAAGACGCUGAUGGCCAGUCACCUAAGGAGGGCUCGAGAGGGUCAAAGCGCAAGUCAAAGAGAGAGUCCCGCGCAAAACCUGAUGAAGAAGAUGCUGUCAUCGUCGAUGCCGAGCAAGCUCGCGGCGCUCCAGACGUUCUUUCAGGGGCCGAUGACAUGGCCUACGUCGAUGCGCCACCUCGAGAGCGACGCCUGAAGCGCCCUAAUGCAACACCCAAGAAGCAAGACACCGGUGGGUUCAUGGGUAUCUUUGGUUCACUGCGGAAGCCUACGCGUCCCGAGAUGCCAGACCGUCGCAAGUCUCGCUCUUACCGGGAUGAAGAUGCCAGGGCCUUCACAGAGACAGAGCGUGACGAUCGCCGACGCCGUGACGAUCGACGCCGUCGUUCCGUGAAGCCUGAUACUGAUGCUGAAGGAUUUACCACGGACGCCGCUGGCGCUGCUGCCGGCGGCGAAACCGAGCCCGAAGACGCAGAGGCUCGAAGAGCAGCUCGUCGUGCAAAGCGCACAUCUCGCCAAGCCCCCUCUGACACACGAGAAGCCGAAGCCCGUGAAGCCGAAGAGCGAAGAGCCAGGCGUAAAGAGAAGUUGCGGGAGCGCGAAGCACGCGAGCAACGAGCCCGCGAAGAAGAAGACCAACGCCGCGAAGAAGAGCGCCGGAUUCGCCGCGUCGCACGCGAAGAACGUCGAGCCCGCGAGGAACAAGCCGCACGCGAAGCCGCCGCAGCCGAAGAAGCGAAAGCCGCCGAGCGCCGCGAGCGCCGUCGCCAACGCGAAGAAGAAAUGGCCGCCAAAGCCAAACGUCGCCGUUCCCGCGUCGACGAGCCCCCAGUCGACGGUUACGCACCGGAGGACCAGCCAGACGGCCGUCGUGGAUCUCGUUCCUACGCAGAGGACAAGGCUCGGCGCCGCCGAUCGAAGGCUAUGCCUCAGCCGGAGCAGACGCGGGCACCGUUGAUGACGGGGGGCCUCAAUCAUGGGAACACAGGUGGGCCCAAGAAAGACAAGAUCUCCACGUGGGUCUACUCACAAGCUGAAGAACCCCCUGAGCCGCCGCCCAUCGUUCCCACCGUCAUCGAUCUGCCCCCUGACGCGGCCGGUGCCGCCGAGAACGCUCACUCGCUCUCCUCGGACGAGGAAGCGCGCCGUGCUGCGCGCCGCAGAGCUCGUCGGAGAGCAAAGUAUGGCGAUAUGCCUGACGAGGAGGUAGUUGAUGAUGCGCGGUCUCGGCAACGCGAGUCGCGCCGUGAGGGGGUGAAGAGUAGUUCCGGGAGUGGAGAUUAUGAGCGUGAUCGGGGUAUGCGCUCUCAGCAUGGGAGCCGGCAUGGUGGAGCAGCUGCAAGCUCAGGCGCGAAGAAGUCGAGUUGGUUUAAGAAACUUGCGGGUUUCUAG